ACGUCAGUAUCAUAAAACUAUAAUAUUAUAUCAUCAAUCAUUCAGUUGUUGUUGUCUUUUGUAAUUAUUAGAGGAUAAUUUUAAGGAAAAUAAUUGAUCUCAAAAAUGGAAGUACAGUUGAAGAAAAUGGAAAAUAAUAAUGGUGAAUUUGAGAAAAGUGGGAUGGAAAUAUCGAGUCCAGAAGCGAAAUUAGGAAGAAGAGUUGAAGAUCUUUGGGAUAAUCAAGAGCCACAACUUAGUCCUACUGAUAAACUUAACGCUUGUUUUGAGAGUAUUCCUGUUUCUUCUUUCCCUCUUGCUUCUGCUUCACAAGUUGAAAUAAGAUCAGAUUGCAGCUUGGCAGAGGCUGUUAGCAUACUCUCUCAGCAUAAACUUCUUAGUGUGCCAGUUGUUGAUGUUGAGGCGUCGGAUGAUGCUACUUGGAUUGAGAGAUAUAUUGGGAUCGUGGAGUUUGCUGGAAUAGCUGUUUGGAUACUGCAUCAGUCGGAAGAUGAUGAAUCCAACAGAAUAAUCCCCUCUCCGAAGAGCAAUAGCAGUGUGGCUGCAGUUUGCACAAACGAAAUGAAUCGGGCAACAAAAGUAGAAAGCAUGAGUCCAAGAUCAGCUGCAAUUACUUCUGGAAAUUUCUUUGGGGCACUUACUGCUUCAGAGCUGUAUAAGAAAACUACGGUUCGGGAUAUUUCGGGUACAUUCCGGUGGGCUCCAUUUCUGGCCUUGCAAGAUACAAAUUCUAUGUUGACUGUCUUGCUCCUGCUCUCAAAGUACAAAAUGAAAGGUGUUCCUGUAGUUGGUGGUGCAAAGGUUGAGAAUAUCAUCACACAAUCUGCUGUUAUCCAUAUGUUAGCUGAGUGCGCCGGCCUUCAUUGGUUUGAAAACUUCGGAACCAAGAAGCUUUCUGAGCUUGGUCUUCCACUGAUGAAACCUAAGCAAGUAGUCAGGGUCUAUGAGGAUGAACCAGUUCUGCAAGCCUUCAAACUGAUGAGAUUAAAGGGGAUCGGUGGGAUUCCUGUUAUCGAACGUGAUGGAGAAAAGGCAGUUGGCAAUAUUAGCAUCAGAGAUGUUCAAUUUCUUUUGACUGCUCCAGAGAUAUACAAGGAUUGCAGAUCCAUCACUGCUAAGGAUUUCUUGCUUGCUUCAAACAAGUAUAGAGAAGAGCACAAUGAAGGCUCAACACCUCUACUAAGUGGGAUGAUUACAUGCCGAAAGGAGGACACUCUCAAGCAAGUAAUCCUCACACUUGAUUCCCUAAAGAUCCAUCGCAUCUACGUAGUUGAUGAAGACGGGAGUCUUGAAGGGCUCAUCACGCUAAGGGACAUCAUCUCGAGACUCGUACAUGAACCACGUAACUACUUUGGCGAUUUCUUCGAUGGCGUCAUACCAAUGCCAGCAAACAGUAGGGUAUGAGCAAUAACCUUUCUAACUUGGUUUUUUUGCCUGAUGAUGACCUCUGCUCAUCGGCGAACUAGAUAGAGGAAUGUGAGUUGACAGUGGUGGUAGCAGGAAUUAUAAGGACACUGGAAAGUGGCCAUUGUAUUAAGCAAAAGGUUCACAUCAUUGGCACGCCUGUUGUAUUAUAUACGUAAUAAUAGAGGAUACCUAACCUGAUGAUAUGAGCCUUGUUGUAUGGUUUUUAAGUGUUUGAUAGAGUUCAUAAUCAUUGAUGCUUUCUUUCCC